AAUAUUCAUUACUAAAUGUUAAAUACGUCUGUAGUUGCGGAAGGAUAAUAGGCAGGAAAGUGGUAGUUCUUCAAGUUUUUUUUUUUACCGUAAUCUCUCUGUAAACAAGGAAGAAAUAAGCUAAAUAUUUGUUAUCUACAUCCAGUGGUUGAAGAUGUAAAUCAGUUUGAAAUAAAUAUAUAAUAUAAAAAGUAGAUACUACGUGCUGGCCCAAAAAUGCGAAAUAACAUUGCUAUUAACUAGUACGCAGCUGUGUAGUUGCUAGGAUACCAGACCAAACACAAAAUUAAUGCGGAGUCAGAGAAACCCUUGUGUGAAGUUUCAGAAUCAGUUACUUUAGGCCAGAUACCACGGGUGACACCAAAUCUGCCAAGGACCACAGAAAACCAUGCCCAAGAAGGGAGCAAAAAAAGGAGGUGGCAAGCAAGCAGGGAUGACAGAGGAGGAGAAGCUUCUAUAUAUGCAGCAGAGGGCACAAGCAGAGGAAGAGAUGGCCAAAAGAAAAGAGGACAUGCUCACUCAGUUCCUCAAGGAUAAGCUGCAGAAGGAAGAGCGGAAUAGUGCAGUAAACCUUUACAAGCUGACACAGCAAUGGAGGGCAGUUCUUCGUCAGACACGAGCAACUGAACUGCGUAGCGACAUUGCUGUGCUUAGCCAAACCUUUGAGAGGGUGCUAGAUCGAAAGGACAGUGUCAUCCAGUGCUUGGUGUGUGACCUGAGUGAGGCAGAGAGACAGUCAGCCCAGGCCCUGCGCUCCCACCUGCAGUGUGUGGACCGGCUGCUGGCCUUACAGAAGGGCAGAUUGGCUUCACUUGAGCAGCAAUGGAACAGUGGCUUGAAUGAGCUGGGCUCUGAGUUCAACUCUGAGAGAGAGAAUAUCCUGUUCCAGCACCAGCAGGAGUUUGCCUACCUGGAGGAUGUUACCUUUGCUAUGGAGCAACAGUACACUGAGGUGGACAAUGAAGCCCGACAAGAUUAUCAUAGCACCAGAGAUGUCAUCAAAAAUAGGAAUAUUGAGGAGAAGCAUGCCUUGCGGAUCCAGCUGGAGGGAACAGUGGAGAAGCUGUGGUGUCAGUUCCAGCAGGCCCUGCGCAGCUACAAUGAGGCCACGGAGGAUCGUCAUAUUGCCUUUGAGUCGCUUCGCACCCGUGACCAGCGAAGUGCCCAGGAGAUUGACACACAGAUGAGAAGGCUUCAAAAGAUGCAGGACUUUAUCUCCAUGCUGCGCUCCAGGCUAUGCUCCUCCCAGAAAGACAGUGAGGUGGCUGCACAGCGGCUCAGGGCCACCCGGGAAGAGGUCACUCUGCAAUCCCGCCAUCUCAAGGCCCAACUGAGUCGUGCUCGCACAGCCGAGAGGAGCCAACUUGCUAACCUUACCAUCCACAGCAAUGCUUCGGCCAAGAAACUGAAGGGCAUCAUAGUUAAGGGGGAAAAGCUGCUGCGUCUGGCAGAGAUGUGUCGGAAGCUGGAGACUGAACAUGAAAAAGUCCUUCCUUUCUACACUUCCUCUCUUACCACUGAGGAGCAAAACCAGGCGAGGGCUCAUGCUAUGGAAACCCCCCACGGGGAGCUGGCAAAGGCAAUGCAGAACUACUCUGAUUUAGAGCUCUUCUGGCACCGUUACAACAAAGUUCUUCUGGAGCGUCUGUGCCUGGAGCGAGAGAAAGAUGUUAUGACCCAAGAAAAUGAGCACCUUAGAGUUCUUCUGCGUCAGUAUCUGGAUGGCAUAUCUGUUAGUGAUGAGAUCCUACGACAUCGCAACCCCCUGCUCAUGGUCUCCAGGCCCACACUCAUUGCCAAUCUGUCUAAGGAUGGCCAACGCAAGCACCACACUGUGAUAGAGGCAUCACAUGUAGUGCAGCGUAUACUGUAAAGGGACAGCCCCAGGAUAGUCCCCAUGUUGUGCAUCAUUUCUCCUUCAGAUCAGUAACAUACAUGAACUUGACUGGGGUUAUGUGUUAUAUGGGUCAUGUGGUGACCACAUGGAAACGAUGAACUGUGAAUAUGUUAGAAAUUCUAUCACAAAUUUUAUUUGCAAACAUAAUAUCUUGUAAGCACCUUACAAAUAAAACCAAAAACAUUCAUG